AUGACGGUGAAAUCAUCGACAUGCCCCGUUUCCCACAAGACAGGGCAAAUCCUCCACGGCGUCGAACUUGCGCGGCAGUUGACACCUGACACUGGCAGUGAGGAUGCCACUCCAUCGGAAUAUGUCGAAUGCGAACUUGACAGUAUCGUGCAUGUAAUGGGAAUCUCGCGGCCGGAACGUAUGAGCUUGGAAGCUGUCUUCGGCGAUCACAUCACCACUCAUGGCAAACGACGAGAAUUCCUGUAUCGAAGCAAUGCGAGCCAUUUUCUCUUGGGUGAUCUGACUAGCUACUACGUUGAGAAAGAGGCGCUGCAACUGUUAGCUGGGUUGCUUCAAUUCCGCUCGUCCGGUUGGGUCUCCUCCGAAGAACACCUCGCACACGCCUCGCAAGCAAUUGUAGCAGGAUAUGUCUCUAAUACAAAGAAUCAACAGGCCAUUUCGCUCGCUGGCUUCCGUCAGACAAACUGGACCAGCCUAUUCACUAAUACUGUGAGGAUGGAUGGUACCUCAUUUGAUAUCCGACUGUGGAGGUUCUUAGAGACACACAAAGCAGAAGAAUGGGGUCGCUUCAUCACCCCAACUUCAAUCAGGGCCUUGGCAGAUACCGCCAUGGAAAUAACUGGUCUGUUUAUCAGCUCCCGCAUUACUUUGCGCACUCGGACCAUUAGCAUCUAUGCCAAUCCUGAGACACCAGGAAGGAUCAAUUCAGUGUUUGAUGAAUAUACCGUGGCUCUAGGUAUAAGUACUGAACUGGCUCUCCCCGAGGAAUCCACCAGCGAAGCGAAUGGCCCGCUCAUCUCUAGGCUGUCUGACCUGAUCUUGUAUAUUCACGGUGAAGACCAACGGUUGAUUACCGAGGCAGCUGAACAGGUCAUUCUGGCAUGGAAAUGGGAGCAAUAUGAUAAGAAGCUUGAUGACGCCGAAGUACACUCUUUCUCUUUUUCAGACCAUGAUCAAGCGCGUAACUCAAUGGAGGCUAUGGUUAGUGCUCUUAUGGUCCAAACAUUUUCGCGCGUGGCCGAAGGUGCGCCCAACUUCAGUACCUGGCUCGUGGAGAAUCAGCAGCACGGGUGGUCCGGCAAGGAUUUGGAGAAUAUUUUGUGCCUAACACUGCAAGACCACAUAGGACCUACAAUGUUGUGUUUUCAAAAUGCUGAUGACUGUAAUACCUCCGAAAGUCGAGAGGCAUACUGGAAGGCCAUCGCCAAAGCUUAUGGCUUUACAGAAAUGCGCGCCAGACUUCUUAUAACAUCAAGGAGACCCGACGCCUUGAGGAAAGAGCUCCAGCUCUGUGCUCCUAACAUGACCCUACACUGCUACAGGGUGGGAUUGAACAAGCCGGAAUACUGGGAACCAAAAGACUAUCGCAGCAAAAUACUUAUCUCGCGUUUCUGUCCCUGUGGGUACGGAAAGUCUUACAUGCAAGCCCGUUCAAGAGAACUCGCAUCGAUGGACUAUGGUGCUCUCUGUGCCAUCAUGAAUAUUAUCUCAACUUAUACCGGAUGGCCAGAAACAACAUCAUCACAGACACACGCGCGAUUUGAUCGGUUCUUCAGACGUCUAUCUGUACGCAGCACGCCUGCGAAUGUCCUCGAUGAAAUUCUACGGACUAUCCCAGAUAGCGCUAGGCUUCGUUCUAUACUCACAUGGAUUAUUUGUGGGUACCGACCACUGACUUCCCAGGAAUUGGCAAUGUUUUGUCGCUAUCAGUCAGAUUCAGAAGCCAAACAGCCAGCCAUGAAUCACGAAUUCACAACAGACCACUCAGAAAUAACCACCUGGAUGAAGGGACUGCUGGAGUCUGACAAGAACCAAGUCUGCAUUCGUCAAGAGACAUUGAAUAUUUUCGAAACCGAUGGUGAUUACCUAUGGACUGAGAUCCGGUCGUCGGGGCCUCAGUGGACCUGCUGGUUCCUGUAUCGCUUUCUGACUUCGGCGAGGAUUAAGAGGCAACUCCUAAGCAUUUACAAUGAUUAUCAAGAAACGGUUCGGUCCUCCAAGGAGCAUAUGACUCCACCAUUGGUGUCAGAUGGUCGGGAUAUUGUCUAUUAUGCGACCGAGUCCUUCCCGUAUCACUUAUCCAAGGCCCCCCAAGUACUCCAAGAAAUCGCACCGAUCCUUCUAGAACGCAAUGGGCCGUUGAGCGCCUGGAUGAAAGUUUAUUGGGCCAUGCAGAACCCAUUCUCCAGACCACGAAUGUGCAAUCUGGACCCUGGAGGCGUAUCCCUUCUGACACUGGGACUCCAAAGUUUUAGACUGUACGAACUUCUGAGUCAAAGUGGCUAUGAGCUCCCUGUCAGAGUAGGAGGGCUCUCUGAGGCCAUGCAGGUAGGGGAUAAAGAUGCUGCUCUUUAUUACCUGAAAGAGUCCCAUGAUUUGCUAUCCGUUUGGCUUCUCUGGAGAGCAGGUUUCCUCAACAUGGGACGCGUGGUGGAUACCCUUCAGAACCUUGGGAUGACCCCCAAUCCUCUCCCCGAUCCUACUAUUUUCUAUCCUUCCCCGCUGUACCUAGCAUGCAGACUCGACCAUUGCCAGAUUGUACAAACCCUACUGAGAAGUGGUGCCGACAUUGAUGUUCUUAUGGAUGGUCAUGUGGGCAUCAUGUUCAAGGCAGCUGCAGAAGGGGCUGAUGACACCAUCCGGGCAAUCGCGGCUGUGCAACACACACUCUUGGAUGCGCCUCGACCAUACACACCCCUCUAUGCGGCAUGUUAUCGUGGUUUGUGGAAAACAGUGGAAACGCUGGUACAGCUAGGCGCCAGCGUCGAUCUCCAAUGUGAUGGUAAUGAUACAGAGCCAGGCUGGCAACCUCUAUGUAUUGCUGCCUUAUAUGGUUAUCCCAGAACUAUCCGAACUCUCUUGGGGAAUAAGGCUGAUCCGGAUCUGAGGGGCCCGGGUGUCAAUAUCACGGCUCUGUCGCUGGCAGUUUGCGAGUCAGGGGUUCCGGAAUGUGUUCGCUUGCUUCUCGAUCAUGGUGCGAAUCCCAACCACGAGCUUCACAAACCUGUCUUUCCAGUGCUUCUGGCCCAGGAAACGACGCAAUUGGAUGCCAAGCUUGAGAUAUUGGAUAUUCUAGUAGACCACUCUACCCCAGUCGAUGUCAAUGCUGUCGACUGCUUGGACCGGGCUAUGACCCCUCUGAUGUAUGCUGCAGCAUCUGGGGAUCGCGAGCUUGUCGUGUGGCUAUUGUCGCACGGGGCAAAUAUGGCCUUGGUUGAUUGUAAUGGACAAAAUGCACUGUUUCAUGCAGUUGUCGGGCGACAGGACUCAGUCGUGCAAGUCCUGCUCGAAUGGGGCUCUCCACUCAUAGAGAAAAACGCGCAGGGGACUACAAUGCUUCAACUUGCCAUCGAGAAAGUACAGAUUCUGCAUCUCUUGUUGGAAGCGGGAGCUGAUCCGGAACUGGAAAGCAGCGACGGGUCGACAACAAUCAACAAAGCUGCCAGCCAAGGCCAAGCGGAGUCUAUCCGUGUGCUCAUUCAGCGAGGUGUGAACAUUCAUCACCGGGACCAGGCGGGCUGGAGUCCUGUGCUGGAUGCUUGCGGAACCUCUCCCAAUGAAGAAGUUGUACGCAUCUUGAUGGAAGCUGGGGCUAGAUCGACAGACACGACCCCCGGUGGGCAAACUCCUUUGCACCAGGCUGUGAUUAAAGGCCGACUAGACAUUCUCAAGGUAUUGCUUGAAUAUCGUAAUGUCCUGGAUAUCGACGCACAAGAUAGUGAGAAGGACACCGCGCUUGCGGCCGCUGUCCGAUGCAAUGAACUUGAAUGCGCUGGCGCGCUCAUUCGGGCCGGUGCAAACAUCAACCAAGAAUCGGAUAAAGGGUGGACAGCCUUCCUCUACGCGGUGGCCUUGGAGCGACCCCCAAAGUUCAUUGAUCUGCUUCUAGCCCAGUCAGGCUCCCAUAUUCAUCGCGUCACAGAAGGGUGGGGAGCAGCGAUUCACCUUGCCUGUCAACAUCUACACCUCGACACGGUUAAGAAAUUGAUAUCCCAUGGGGCAGACGUCAACCAGCAGAUCACGGGGCCUAAUUCUACUCCUUUGAUCUCCAUAUGCAGCCCCCGACCUUCGGGAACAAGGAAUCGCCAGGAAAACCUCGAGCGACAGGAUUGCCUGGUCCGCGAACUGGUUCAUCAAGGGGCCGACAUCGCCGCGGAGCACAGCUUUAUUGUUUAUAACCCUCUUUCAGCUGCGUGUCUCGGUAGAGGUGUUAGUAUCAUCAAUUAUUUGCUCUACAAAGGCGCCUCGCCCCAGCUUCGAGAUCCACUGGGUCGCCUGGCAAUCCACUUUGCCGCUGCCAACGGGCUGGAGAACUUCGAGGCCAUACACCACGCCGAUCCCAAUUUUCUGGUGGCUCCAGAUAAAGGCAACAAGAUUCCUCUCCACUGGGCGGCGCAAUUUGGUCGCGUCCGAACCGUUGAGGCAAUCCUGAACUAUGUGAGUCUCCCGACAGAGCGGCGACGAUACGUUAAUGAGGCCGAUACCGAUGGCUGGACUCCGCUCUGUUGGGCACUUCGGCCCACCGAGUUGCUUUGGGACCCUAAUAUGCCCUCCGAGCCUGCCAACUAUGCAGAGACCGUUCGCUUCUUGCUGGAGAACGGAGCGGAUGUGACGCUACGCUGCCGGAUGAGCAGUGAGCAAGACUUGUAUACGCCAUUCCAGUUAGCCCUUCUGCACGACGCCGGUGAUGAAGUCAUCGAGCUUCUCCAAGAGUCUUUGGACAGUAAUGUUUCUGAUAGUCAGGAGAGGCCAGUGGGUAUGCUAAUCCGGCCGUCUCUUCACCCCAAGUGUAUCUAUGGGAUUGCCUACGACUGUACCAUCUGUCAGAACUUCUUGGCCUGUCGAAAGUGCUACGGUCAAAUAGGCAUUUACCUAGGCGACCGGCCGGUCCCCGGACCGAAAGCGCAUGUACACAAGUUCCAAUUAUGGGACAGCAGGGAGCCAGAAUUCCAGGGCAUGUCCAUGCAGGGAUCCUUACCUGAUAUUGAGGAAGGUCUAUACUCGGAACUUGUCGAUCCAGAGGAGUCGGACCAAGCGCCGAAUAGUGAUGCCGGCAGUGACGCAAAUGAUCUUUUUUUAGAGGAUCCUCCUGGGUCUGUCGGUAGUAGCACAUCCUCUGGAUAUAGAAAGGAUGAUCAAAAGGGGUUUUGGUAG